GGAGGGGGAGGUGGUGAAGGAAGAGGAAAGAGGAGGAGGUGGUGAAGAGUUGGUGUGAGGAAGUCGGUGAAUGAGGUGCCGGUGGUGGUGCCCGUCCGGCAUGGCGGGGCACUUCCGCAGCUACGCGUGGGACCCGGUGCUGAUCGUGUCACAGAUGGCGCUCAUGCAGUGCGUAUUCUACGGAUUCCUGUGCCUCUGGCUGGCGCUCAUCGAUGUCUUGGUGCAGGCGAAUCGCACCCUUGACCAGAUCUUCAGCUACCAGGUGCUGGAGUUCUCGACGGCGCACGGGAGGGUUCCGCUCAUCGCCUUCGUGCUCAACGCGCUCACUUGCGCGCUGGGCCUGUGGCUGUUCGUGCGCCGCGGGAAGCAGUGCCUGGACUUCACGGUGACGACGCACUUCUUCCACAUGCUCGCGUGCUGGGCGUACAACGCCAGCUUCCCCAGCGCGCUCACCUGGUGGCUCGUCAACCUCGUGUGCGUGGCGCUCAUGGCCGUCAUCGGGGAGUACUUGUGCAUGCGCAGCGAGCUUAUGGCCAUCCCGGUCAGCAUUGGGCCCAAGGCCGACCUGUGAGAUGCUUCGGGCCACGCUGCGAGGUCGGGCGCCCUGCUCGGCCGUGGAUUCACGGAGAAAAUUCCUCGGAGCGUGGUGGGGUCCCGCCUCAUCUUAGACGGACUCUCGCGAGAAGCGCUCGGUCUUGCGCCUAAGCGCGAGAGAGCUCUGCGUUGAUGUCAGCGCCCCCCCGCCGCUGUCGGUUUGGAAGGGUCUGGAAUACCCAGAGGUGUACGCAUGCGUGUUGUGAACGUCUAUCGGGUCUUACGUUGCCAACCGUGCUAAAUCGGAGGUGCGGGGGUAGGGCAACAAACUAAACACAAAAUCAGUUUUUGGGUUAUCGUCGACAAUGGAAGAAGUGAUUUCCAUCUUGUGUAUAUAGGUUUAUUUUGAAGCGGCGCUUUAAAAAUAAAAACGAAAACUAUAAAUGGACGUGAAAAUUGUCGCGUUUUUAUUUGCUUAGCUGGUGCUUGCGUGCGACGCGUUUAUUUGACUCUCCAACGAGCCACGGAGGAGCCCGAGUGGUGUUGCGGUGUCGCUGCUUGUGGAACGACACGAAGA